AUGAUGACCACCAAGAGGCUGGACCACUUCGAGGUGGUUUGCGAGUGGGGGUCAUGCGGCUACAGAGGCAGCAGCAUGGAAGAGCUGAGCGACCACAUGUCUCAGCAUCUGCGAGACUACUUGGGGGACAAAGACACCCUGGAGGAGUUAGACGAGUAUGCCUGCAUGUGGGAAGGCUGCGAGUUUGUCUCCAUGGGCAGCCCGGUCCAGCUGGAGUCUCACAUGUACUUCCACAUCUACCACGGCAAGCUCAAGUUUUUGGGUUCUCAGCUGCUUCAGUCUCGACCUGACCUACCUGCCUGCAACCACGCUGUGCACACCAACAACUUGCUGCCCGAGGGUUCCGACCAACACCUGUGCCAUUGGGAUAACUGUGAUAGCUCAUUCACCAACCCCGAGUGGUUCUACCGGCAUGUGGACAAUCACGUGGAAAGUGCAGAGCACAAGCCGCUCUCUCAUCAACGGCAGGCUCUCUUCUGCCACUGGUCGGGCUGCGACGUCUACGUCAAGAUCCGCUACCGCCUGAGAGAACACGUACGAAGUCACACGCAAGAACGACUAGUUGCCUGUCCCACAUGCGGCAGCAUUUUCUCUUGCAAUACCAAACUCUUUGACCACCUCCAAAGGCAGGCACAGCCACUGGAUUCACUCGUGUGUGAACACUGUGGCAAAGCCUUUUCCAGUGAGAGACUAUUGCGGGGUCAUGUUCGACAACAUGUGAAUCAUGUCAAGUGCCCUUUCUGCGACAUGACAUGCACCACGCUGGCCGCGCUGAAGAUCCACAUCCGCUUCCGACACUGCGACGAGCGGCCUUUCCCGUGUGACUUUUGUGAUAAAAGGUUCAAGAACCAGCGAGACCUGAAUAAGCACACAUUCGUCCACAACGAGGGCUCGCUGUUCCGCUGCUCCGUGGAAGGCUGCCAGUAUUCGUGCCAGACGUACCAGUCCAUGAGCCAGCAUUUCAAGAGGGAGCACGAGGUAGGGGGCGUGUCUAAGUAUAAAUGUCACCUUUGUGACAAGGUGUUCUCCUGGUGUUACACGCUCACACUUCACCUGCGAAAGAAACAUGAACUCAAGUGGCCAUCGGGUCAUUCGCGAUUCAGAUACAGGAAGGACGCCGACGGCUUUCUAAAACUCAACAUGGUGCGUGUGGAGACGGAGGAGGUGACCAAAGAAAUCAUGAAGAACAUGAACAAGAGACCCACAGGCCUUCGCAAGAGCCCGCGAAGGCGUGGCGAGAAAGAGGCCGCGCCCGAUGGCGGAAGCUCUUCCUCGACUUCUUCCUUCUCCGAGGAGGACACGUCUGCUCAGUCGAGCCCUCGCAGAGGCGACGAGUCCCCCGUGUACUGUGUCAUGAGCACCAUCCCGCAAAUCGACGACGAGCCGGUCGGGACCGCCCGGGAGGAGCAAGACGCCGGCGGGACGUCCAGAGCCGUUCAGGCCCUCACCAUGGUGGCGAGGGGGUUGGGCAUGGAUGUCGUGUGA